AGUGUAUGCAGUAUUAUGACCUGCAUGCAUGUGUUUGUGUGUGCGUGUGCGCGUCUGUGUGUGUGUGCUUGUGUGUGCGUGUGCGCGUCUGUGUGUGUGCGCACGUGUGUGUUGGGGAACCAGGAUCUCCUGGAGCAGGCAGAGUGGGGUGCAGACCUCCCCUCUGUGGAGCAGCACCUGCAGGAUCACAGAAGCAUUCACACUGCAGUGGAGGGGCUGCUGCAGAGCCUGAAGGAGGCACGCAGCUAUGAGUCAACCAUCUCGCCUAAUUUCCACAGCAGCUACUCCGAGACUCUGGCCAAGCUUGAACAUCAGUACUGCAAACUACUGGAGCACUCGUCAUGGCGACUGCGUUGCCUGGAGAGCCUGCACGCAUUCGUGUCGCGCUGCACGGAGGAGCUGAUCUGGCUGAACGAGAGGGAGGAGGAGGAGCUGGCCUUCGACUGGAGUGAGAACAACACCAACAUCGCAGCGAAGAGAGAGCUGUAUGCUGACAUGAAGUCAGAGCUGGAGGAAAAACAGGAAGUGAUGCAUUCUCUACAGGAAACAGCUGACCGCCUCUGUCAGGAGAAUCACCCAGCCAAACAGACAGUGGAGGCCUACAGCGCCGCCCUGCAGACUCAGUGGGAGUGGGUCAGCCAGCUGUGCCUCUGUGUGGAGCAGCACCUGAAAGACAACACCGCCUACUUCCAGUUUGUGAGCGAUGUGCGGGAAUGUGAGAGCUAUCUGCGGCAGCUCCAGGACACCAUAAAGAGACAGUACACCUGUGACAAAAACAGCAGGCUGGGAAAGCUGGAGGACCUGCUGCAAGACUCUAUGGAGGAGAAGGAGCAGCUGAUUGAGUACCGCAGCACCGUGGCAAGCCUGGUGGGGCGGGCCAAGACCGUGGUGCAGCUCGGCCCCCGCAACGCAGACUGCAUCGUCGCGACGACCACGCCGAUCCGCGCCGUCUGCGACUACCGGCAGAUCGAGAUCACCAUCGGUAAGGGGGAGGAGUGUGUUUUGGAGGAUAACACUCAGCGCACCAAGUGGAAGGUCAUCAGCCCCAGUGGCAAUGAGGCCAUGGUGCCCUCCGUCUGUUUCACUGUCCCACCCCCCAACCAGGGGGCGCUGGACACUGCCAGCAGGAUGGAGCAGCUGUACCAGAAUGUGAUGGCUCUGUGGCAUCAGCUGCAUGUAAACAUGAAGAGUGUGGUCUCCUGGCACUACCUGCUGAAGGACACCAGAACCAUCUCUUCUUGGACUCUGGAAAUGGUGCGUUCUCAGGCUCCAUUGGAGAGACAGCAGGCUCUGGACAACCUGGAGGCUCACCUGACAGACUUCCUGGCAGACAGCCGGGAAAGCGCUCUGUUCACCCCCGCUGAGAGGAGAGAGCUGGAGAAGGAUGCCGAGGACUGCCGUACACACUGCCAAGCUCUUAUGGUCUCUAUGGAGACAGUGGAGAAGGACGAGUCCGUCUCUCGGUCCUACCUGACAGAGUUGCAGGAUAUCAAGCGUCACCUGGUGGAGGCGGAGCACAGGCUAACGAGAGGAAUCCAGACCCCGCUCCCUAGCAACCUGAGCAGCGACGGUGCGGACAACACGGUCCACAUUGCAGAGCAAGAGAAGCUGCAGCGGGACCUGGACGGGCUGCGCUCCAGCCUGGGCGAGGUGUCCCGCAGGUGCGUCAGCUUCUUUGAGGAGAAGCCCUCCUCCACCAGCGUCCCUGUCCUCCGCUCCGAGCUGAACGUGGCCGUGGAGCAGAUGGAUCGUCUGCACGCGCUGUCUUCUGUCUACCUGCACAAGCUGAAGACGGUGGACGUGCUGAUGCGCAGCUCGCAGGCCGCAGAGAGCCUGCUGCACAAGUACGAGAGCCGGCUGAGUGAGGAGGACAUGGUGCCGGCCGACAGCACCGCCAUCCAGGGCCUGCGAGAGCAGCUGGGGAGGUGGCAGUCUGACCUGGAUGCCCAGGAGCACGUCUUCCAGUCCCUCAGCACCGAGGUCCAGCGGGCCCGGGCAGCAGGGGCCCAGCUCAGCACACUGCACCCCGACCGCAGCCCAGAGCUGGACCGCUACCAGGAGAAAGCAGCCCAGCUGACCGAGAGAUGGGCCGGUGUGCGGAGACAGAUCGAGACCAGGCGAGCGGACCUGGAGACGCUGGGGUCCGUCCUGCAGCAGUACCGACAGGGACACUCGGCGCUGAUCCGGUGGAUCGAGGAGACGACGGAGAGACAGGAGAACACGCAGCCCGGACAGACGGACAGCAAAGUGCUGUCCGAGCAGCUCGCCCAGCAGACGGCCCUGGUGGCUGAGAUUGAGCAGAACCAGGUGAAACUGGACCAGUGCCAGGCCCACUCCAAGCAGUACUGCUCUGCAGUCAAGGACUAUGAGCUCCAGCUGAUGACGUACAGGGCCUUCGUGGAGUCGACUCAGAAAUCUCCUGUGAAGAGGAGGAGGAUGCACUCUUCAUCUGAUGCCAUCACACAGGAGUUCAUGGACCUACGCACACGCUACACAGCCCUGGUCACCCUGACAACGCAGCACGUCAAGUACAUCAGUGACGCGCUGAGAAGACUAGAGGAAGAGGAGAAAGAGGUGGAGGAGGAGAGGCAGGCGCACGUGGGGCAGGUGACUGACCUGCUCUGCUGGGUACGGGGCCUCCAGGACCGCACCAGGGGCCCCACGGGAACCCUGGCAGAGGACCCCAAAUCUGCCGAGUCUUCAUUGGCUGCGCAGCAGGCCAUCAAUGAGCAGCUUGCUGCCAAGAAGGAGGAGGUGGCAGAAGCCAUAAGGAGCACCCAGGCCUUCCUCAGGUCUAAACAGGCCAGCAAGUUGUCUGCGCAGGAGCGCGCCCGUGUGGCCUCCCAGCUGGAGGAGCUGACGGACACCUACGGCCAGCUGUGCCAGAGCUCGUCCGCACAGCUGCAGCAGCUGGAGCAGCAGCUGGCCAGAGAGGAGGAGCGCAAGAGCCAAGCAGCCAUUGCUGGAGUGAUUGACCUGGGUACUGUGGAAACCUUCCCAGUGUUUCAGGCUGCACAGCGGGGGCUCAUUGACCAGGACACCUGCUAUGUCCUGCUGGAGGCCCAGCUCACCAUGGGUGGCCUGCUUUUUCCUGAUUCCCCAGAGAGCUUCUCAUUGGAUGAGGGCAUUUCCCAUGGCCUGAUUGACAGCAAAACCGCCAAAUCGCUGUCUGAGCUGGAGGCAGCCCUACGUGUAGUAGAUCAGUCGCACCCUAUAGACGGCCAUUUGGUCCCUGUCGCUGUGGCGAUUGAGGAGGGGCUGAUCGGGGAGGAGGUGGGCCUGCGGAUCCUGGAACUGCAGAUGAGCGCGGGGGGUCUGCAGGAGCCAUCCUGUGAAGAGAGACUUAGCCCAGAGAGCGCAGUAGGAAAGGGCCUGCUCAGCCCCAGGGUCUACAGCAGACUGAGCUCAAGGUCACAGCGUCGUGAGCUGAUUGACCCCAACACAGCAGAGAAGCUGAGCUUUGUUGAACUGCUGCAGCGCUGUGUCCUGAACCCUGAGUCUGGCCUGUGGUUGCUGCCUGUCAGCCAGCAGCCUGGGGGUGCCAUCUGCUUGCGUUCGGGCCGCAAAGUGGGCAUCUUCCGGGCAGUGCAAGAGGGACUGAUUGACCGGCAGGUGACUGUGCGACUGCUGGAGGCCCAGCUGUUUGCUGGCGGCAUCGCAGACCCCCGAACUGGCCACCGGCUAACAGUGGAGGAGGCAGUCCGGCACAGUGUAAUGGACCAGGACCUAGCCUGUGCCCUGCUGACCCGGCAGCUGCAGGCUGGGGGGCUGCUGGACCCAGUCAGUGGGGAGCGUUUGGGAGUGGAUGAGGCCAUCCGCAGGGACCUGCUGGCUCCCCGCAUGGCCCUUCUGGUUUUGGAGUCUCUCUGGGCCUUUAUGGGGCUGCUGUGGCCUGAGUCAGGUGAGCUGCUGCCUAUCGCUGAGGCCCUGCAGCAGGGAGUGAUCUCAGGGGACCUUGCUAGGCGUAUCCUGAACCGGCGGCGCCUCAUCGGAGCCCUCUACCUUCCUGAAACCAGCCGUGUGGUGCCCCUUGACCAAGCUGAAGAGGUUGUUGAUACAAGAGUGGCGGAAAUUCUGAGACAGACCAAGAUACCAGAUGUGUUGCCCAACAUGAAUCAGUCCGGUUCCCCUACCCUGAACCGUCUGAGCUGGGGUUCAGCAUCGUCAUCCCCACCCUCCUCCUCACCCCCCACAUCGCCACCAGGACUCAACUGUGACCCCGCCUUCAUGAAGGGGGUCAGCCCAGGUGAACAGGCUGAGCACAGACUGCUCUUCCACCUCAUGACCCGAAGCUAUGUGGAUGCUCACUCAGGCCAGCGCUUGGUUCUGCUGGAACCAGAGCUUGCUGAGCUGGCUAAUGCCACCAGUCUUGUUCCAGAGGGAACUGGACCCAGAGGCAGAGAAGCACUAUCAGAGAUUGACCCAGCUGGCGCUUCCCCAUUUACCCGACAACACAGAGACACAGAUGAACUUGGGUUUGAGCUCUCUUGGAGUGACACAGAAAUUCUGGAGGUCCAAGAUGAAAGCUCUAAAUACAGCAUCUUUGGGAAAGACAUCACACCCUCGGCACAGGGAAAUGGGGAUCAUGGCCCAAUGUCAAAGUUGGACCAACAAUCCUGGAGAAAGGAGAAAAGCCCUGAACAUGCAGCUCAGAAUGAUCAGACUAAGAAAGAGACUGAACAAAUCAGUGACUCAUUUUGUGGAGAGCACAAGGAUAAGGCUGAGUCUGUUGCUGUGGUGCCUAAAACAGUGGAGAGGAAAAGGGAUAAUGUACCACAAAUUGUGAAAGAGGGGAUGACCAAACAGAGGGUAGAAAUUAUUUGUGACAGAAUGCUGCCCCCUGGUGGAGAACUGGAAGCUAUCCCACCUGCUGCAUCAGAGGAAAAAAGACUCAAGUUGGUGGAUGGGCAGAGUGGAGUGGGAGAUGAGAAGACCUCAAUCAAACAGGUCUCCCAUGAAGUGCUCUCAGAAUCCUCAGCUAUGGAUAUGCCAGUGAUUGAGAUUGAAGAACCUAAAAGGGCUCCAGCCCAGGUCCUAGGGGGAGCGGUCCAGCCCCCAGUGGGAGUGAGGCAUGCUGAAAAAGAGGUUCUCCACAAGGAGUGGAGGGACAUUAAGUUGGAAGAGGCUGAGCCAAGGUUAUUAGACCAGAGGCUGGCACAGCUUAAGCAAACUGGGGCACCCUGGGCAGAUGAAACUAUUACAGACAAGCACACGAGCGAGAGCACGGAUGUGGAAAUGCCUUUGAUGAUUGUGGAGGACGACGACCAAGCUACCAUGAGUCCAGAGAGAGUCCACAUUGAGACUUCAGCUGUACAGGGAGACACAGAACAGAAAAGCCAAACUGUCCAACUUGUGGAAAGCGGGCUACUUGACAGAGCUGAACUCCUGAGAACUGCUAAGCAGGCCUUGAAAGUGAGGAAACAGGGAGAUAAUGAAGCAGAGAAGAAGGGAGUGGUAUUGGAGCCUAAUGGUCAGGUUCAGAGGGAUUCCCAGAGGCUGGUGAAGGAGGGUCAUAUGCAGCAUGUGAGCUCAGGAUUGAGCUUUAGUCAAGAGGGAGACUCUCCAGAGCAGAGAGAGGAGGAUCGAGAGCUGGAACGGCUGGCUAAGGAACUACAAGAGGGUGGCCUGAGGACUGACGGAGGAGAGCGCCUGCUCUUAGAUGAGGCUGUGUCCCAGGGUAUCCUGCCUGGACACACAGCAGUCAAGCUGAUGGAACGGGCAGGGCUGUUUGGGGGCUUUCUGGAUGUGAGCACAUGCGAAGCACUGAGUGUGGAGGAUGUGGUGCAGGAGGGCUUGUUAGAUGAGAGCUUGAUGCAGAGCGUGCUGCAAUCAGAGAAGACACUGGCAGGUGUGGUAGAUGUGGAACACGGCAAGCUGUAUUCCCUGCAGGAUGCUGCUAGAGUAGGGCUCCUGGACCCUGAAACUGUAGCCAGGCUCUUAGAGGCUCAGGUGGUUUCGGGGGGUGUGGUGGACCUGCGGAGAGGGAAGAAAGUGUCAGUUACUCUGGCGUCCAACCUAGGACUAAUUGAUGAAGGUCAGAGGGAAGAACUAGCCACUCUGGAGAAGUCUUGCCGGGGGAAGAGCUCAGACCCUGGUGUGGUCUUGUCUAAGGCCACCCUGCAGCUGCAGAUGGAUGGGAUGGUAGACCCCAAAACAAGGGCACCUGUGACUCUGAUGGAAGCCCUGCAGAAGGGGCUUUUGGACCGGGAGGAGGCGCAGCGAGUUCUGUCAGAGCAAGUGGCAGAGGGGGGCAUUAUGCACCAUGGCUCUGGGGUCCGGCUGUCUGUGGCCGAUGCACUGCAGCGAGGCCUGGUGGAUGAGGGGAUGGUCCAGGAGCUGGAAUAUUUGGAAAGAGCAUACCAUGACCCCAAGUUAUCCAGCACUGACCCAAGUACUGCCUUCCUGCUGGCUUCCACUGGCAGUAUCUAUGACCCUGAAUCUGGGUGUAGGCUUACACUGUCAAAAGCAUUGUCUCAAGGCCUGCUGGAUAAAGCCACUGCUGAAAGUGCCAUGGCCUCACCUGGAGUUGUGCGGGGUGUGCUGGACCCUCAUAGUGCCCGUAUUGUGCCUUACUCAGAGCUCAUCAACCAGGGAAAGAUUGACAUAGAGACUGGCCAACGUUUCCUGGAAGUACAUCCCUUCCGGGGGGUCAGGGAUCAGCAGACAGGCAGGGUCAUGACUGUGCCCCAGGCCUUGGAGGUUCUUCAGGUCGACAAGGUGCCGGCAAUGAGAUUGUUGCAAAACCAGGCUGAUACAGGUGGGAUUGUGGAUGUUUGUACAGGGGAUAGGCUGUCCCUGCCUGAGGCUGUGACACAGGGCCAGGUGGGAGAGAGCAUGGCCCGGCUCAUUGCCACCAACCAGAUCCAGGCGGGGGGUCUACUUGACCCAGCCAGUGGGGAGAGGGUCCCAAGCCUCAGAGAAGCUACAGAAGCUGGACUGAUCACCCGGGAUAUGGCUGCUGCCCUCCAGGGCAACCUGGACACUCUCGUUGAGGAAGAGGAGGAAUAUGAUGAAGAAAGCACAGACUCUGAGAGAGAAAUGCUCACAGGUUCUGUAAAUGGAGCCAGUUCUUCCCCUCAGAUGUUACCAUCAUCUGAAAGUGGAAACAAAUCCCAGAAGCUCUCCCAUAUCAAGGGGGAUAGAGAGCCAUUAGAAAAGGAAGUAGACAGUUCCUUGGAAACACUAGCUCUUUUUGCAGCGGGUGCAGGAAAGAGACUACAGCAGGCACUGGAGGAGAUGAAACCUCAGCUCACGAAGACUGUUGAAUUGCAACCUUCACUUGACACCAAAUCUCCAGCACAUGAAGCCAUCAGUAUAGAGGCUGAAGAAAGAGAGGACAGGAAUGACACUUAUCGGGCACACCCAGCAGCUGCUUUCUUACAGACUUGUAAACCUGACGAGGUACUAGACACAGGGUUUCAGACUCCACCCAAGAGUGAGGCAAUGCUCCUCAAGUCUGACAGUCAGAGACUGAAACCAAACAAUUCAAGAGAUGAAGAAGUGAUACUUCAUGAACCAGAAAGGUGGUCAGAUGAGAAAGUUGCCCCUCAAAUUGCAUUCACUGAAAAUACAAGAUGCCAAGAGAGCUGGGGUUCUGGGGAAAACAUGGACACCAUUACUUUUCCUCUGGAGCCAAAGAGUGGGAGAGGGGGAGCAGGUUCAAGUAUGGAUGCUGGGAUUGAGAUGGGGAGGGAUAAGAGAGAUGAAACUGGCAUAGCCCUUAACUCAAAUGAGUCAGAAAAACAGAUGACAGGUGAAGAGGGAGAGAUAGGCCUCAAACAGAGGCCUUCCAAUGAUGCUAUACUUUCUUCAGAGCACAAACAUGAUAAAACACAGGGAAAGAAGAGAGAGGAUGAUAAGGACGAGACAACUGCCAUAACUGCUGUUACUUCUUCAUUUCAAAAAGGGGGCCUUAGCGAGGGGUUAUCCCUGAGCAUGGAGGUGUUGCAGCAACAGGAUGUUAGGGAACAGGCUCAACCUGCAGUCAAAAAGAAGUCAAAGAGUGAAGUUGCAGUGUCAGGGAAGGGUGUGCCUAUCAAGACCUCAGAGGAGAAGAAACCAGAGGUUCUAGAUAGUCCACUUGCACAGGACGUCAGUUUUGUUAUAAAGAAAAAGGAUUAUGGUUCAUCCCAAAAAGACAAAGCUGGAAAAGAGGUCCCAGAGAUAAAGUUAGAUGAGGCAGUAAGAGACAUCACUGGGGUUGGGAGCCCAUUGGUCUCAGAUGGGCAGAGAGAUCUGAAGAGGACAGCAGCGGGAACUGUUUCCCAGCAGGCCCAGGGGCUGACAGAAGAAGUGAAGUCAAAAGGGGAGCAGACAACUCCUCCUCAGGUGGGAGAACAGCAACAGAUAGAGAGGGAAGAGAUGGACUCUGCUCAGAAAGUGGCUCAUGGACCUGGUGAGAAAGAGGUGCUGCUAAUGAAGGCAAAGGAGAGCAUCCUGAGGAAGGUGUUUGAGCGAGGAGUGAGUGAGAGGCAGGCUGCUGAGGAGCUGGAGGCAUUACGUAAGGUCCCAGAGGGGACGGAGUGCCUCCUGGUCCCAGAGGAAGAACACAGUGGAGGUAACAUCAUACAGAAAAGGUCAGAGGUGAAAAUGGCAAAUGAAUCAAAACCAAAUGAUAUUAAAGAGAAGGAGCCUGCUUCGUUGCUGUCACAGGAUCAUAUUUCAUCCUCAGAUUUGGCUCAACAAAUCCAAGGGGAGGUCAAAGGUAGAACAGAGCAGGGACAACAGGGCCAACCUGGGACAGGCAAAGGGGAAUUGCUGCCAGAACAGGCAGAGAAUUUGGACAUGCACAGUCGGCCUGAAAGAGCUGAUUUGAUGGAGGGCCUUGUAGCCAGGGACCGCAGGGAUGUUGGGGUCAUCGAGAGGUCCACGUUUGCCCAAAGUCCAGAUGGAGAAGUGGUUACUGAUCAGCAAAAAUUAACUCAUGCUUAUAUCCCAGCUAUGCCUGCUGAUAUUCAAAGAGGGACUAUAGAAAACAGGCUCGAUAUCUGCAAAACUGAACUGCAGAGCAAGGAUGUUCCCCACCAGCAGAGCACCUCUGCAAAGCAGCUUGUCCCACAGGAGACAUCUAAAUACAUUCCCGAGUCUCAUCCUCUGGAGAACUUGGACGACCUCCCCCCAAUUUCGGGUGAAAAGGGGGCAUCAAACAGCAGUGCCCCAACCUUUCAGGCUGCAGAGACACUCCUGGAGAAAACAAUGGAGGAGCUGAGGCUGGAUAUUCCCCUAAGUGACCGCACAGCAGCUACCCAGGAACCCCAACUUCAGGAGUCCCCGGAUUCUGGAGAAUCUCAAUCAGAGGAGACUCUGGAGUCUGAUGUGGCAGAAAGUAUUGAGGAAGGGGAAGAGGAAGAAGAGGAGACAGAAGGAGAGACCAAAGAGCCGCAGGCAGAGAAGAAGAAGAGCUCUAGGGGCAGCAAGUCCUCAUUGGUGCGUCAGGAGUGCCUGGAACACGAUCAGCAGAUUAUGGCCCUGACCUCCAUGGUGCGGCACAUCCAGGUCCGCCUCAAACAGCAGCAGCAGCAGUCCAUUGGCCGCAGCCUCAAUGCCCUUGAUGACAUCAUCAGCCAGGUGGAGGCUCUGGAUCUGGAGCUGGUUGAUUUGGAGCCAGAAGUGAAGCGGGAGGUAGAGGCUGCGGCACAGCUGCUGGAGCCCUGCCCAGAGGAAGUCCCGCCUCAGCUACUGAAAGCCCUGGAGAAGGAUCAGAGGAGUCUGGCCCGCGGCUUUGCUGCUGCUAGAGAGGUUGCCCAGAAUGCACUGCAGGGCCUACGUGCAACCAGAGAUUCAAAGAAGGAGGCAGUGAGUGCUGAACUGCAGUCUCUCGGGCAGAGAGUGGAGGACCUCCUGUCCUGGCUAAAGGAGACUGAGUCAGCGACAGAGACACAGGUGGACAGAGUGACAGGGACAGAUGUGCAGACACAGGGGCAGACUAUGAGAGAUGGGACCUCUGCUCAGCUCACACAAAAACUGCAACUUUGCAAGGAGCUGCAGUCCUCUCUCUCUGCUCGCUCAGGGGAUGUUGGCUCUGUGGCGCUCGAUGUCCAGGUGUUCAUCUCGGAGCGCGCUCAGGACCUGGCGCCCGAACAGAGCAGGCAGCUGCUCGGACACCUGCAGCAGCUGCAGAGGGCCUUCCACGAGGCCGCGGGCCGCACACAGGCGCGGGCUGACGGCCUGGCCGCCCAGAGAGAGCGGGAGGAGGAGCGCGAGCGCAGGGAGAGAGAGAAGGAGCAGCAGGAGAAAGAGAGGGAGAAAGAGAGAGAGAACGCCAGGGAGAGAGAGGUCACACAGCAGCAGAAGGCUGAGUGCUCUCAGAAGCUGGAAGGCCUGGCCAUGUGGCUGGCAGGAGCUGCCGGCUCUUUGGCCAAUCAGAAAGCAGGAGCGGGGUCAGGUGAUGUUGGUGUACUGCAGCAAAAGCAGAGAGAACUGAAGGAGGUCCAGCGUGACCUGCAGUCACGGGGAGAUGGAGUGUCUGAGACGGUGAGGGGUGUGGAGGAGUUCCUGGCGGAGAAGGGCAAUGGCCUGAGUGCAGAGGAAAGGGCCAGCCUGCAGAGGGCGCUGUCCCACGUGCGAGAGCAGUACGGCUCCCUGACAGACACCACCCAGACCUCCCUGGCCCAGCUGGACACCGCCAUCAGCGCCACGGUCCAGCAGAACACCCAGAGGGCAAAGGCAGUGGAGGAGCUGCAGGAAACUCAGGGAAAAAUUGACACACUACUGAAGGAUCUCUCAUCACUACAACAGCCUGGGGAGACACCCCAGGGCGUCAUGCACACAGAUUCUGCGUCUUCCAUGCAGCCAGGGGGCGCUGUACACUCGCACUGUGACAUGCUCCAGGCAGAGCUGCAGCAGCUGCAGACGCAGCAGGCGCAGCUGAUGCAGGUGUCGCAGUCUGCGCAGUCGCUCCUGCUGCAGCCGGACUCCAGCGUGCCGGCGGAGGAGAAGCAGCGUCUGCGCGCGGCUCUGGACCGGCUGCGCAGCCAGCACCAGGAGCGGCUGCAGAGCUGCCAGGACCGGCUGCGGCGGGCCGACGCGCUGCGCGACGAGCUGGCCAAGUUCCUGCAGGAGCACGCCCAUCUGGAGGCCUGGCUGGAACAGAGCGAGCAGGAGCUGCGUUCCCUGGGGGAAGGAGAAACCGACGCGCAGGGGCUGAAGCGAAGGCUGGAGGAACACAAGAAGCUGGGGGAGGACGUGAUUUGCCACAAGGCAGACCUGCGGUUCGUGUCCAUCUCGGGCCAGAAGGCCCUGGACUGGGUCCAGGGGGCCCGGGAGAGGGAGGGCGGGGUGGAUCCGGCCCUGGAGGAGACGCAGCAGCUGGUCAGCGACAGGCUGCAGGACGCCACGCAGCGAUACUCCACCCUGCACAGCAAGUCCUCGGAACUGGGCACACGUCUGUCCGGGUUGUUGGACCGGUACCAGCAGUACCAGGAUGAGGCGGGCUCUCUCACGUCCUGGCUGACUGCGCAGGAACAGAACCAGUGUGUGGUUGGACCGAGUGGAGAGCAGACAGACACACAGACACUGCAGAACACUCUGCGUGCGGUACAGCUGGUGCAGGACGAGCUGGCCGAGCGCUCUGUGCAGCUGGAGAGAGUGAGGCGAGCAGGGAGGGACCUGGCCAAUGGUCAGGAGUCGCCGACGCUGAGAGCCUCUGACAUCAGCAGCACUGCGGAUGCCCUGGAGAGUCGUUUUGGCGCUCUCUCUGCCUCUGUGUCGGCCCGGGCGGAGCAGCUCCAGACGGCCGUGGCCCAGUCAGUCAGCGUACAGGAGGGGCUUCAGACGCUCCUGUCCUGGCUCAACGGGCUGGUGCUGGCUCCAGGACCGGUCCUGCCCACCGCCCAGGCUGUUCAGGAUGCCCUCACUCAGAACCAGAAAUUGCGGCAGGAGCUGUUGUCCAGGCAGGGCAGUGUGGACACCACGCGUGACUCGGUAUCCAAGCUGCUCCAGACGGCAGAUGCGACCACGGCCUCCGGGCUGCAGGGGGCGCUGCAGGAUCUGAGUCAUCGCUACACGGAGGCCCAGGCCAAGCAGGGGGAGAGAGAGGCAGAGUUGCGAGGCCUUCUGCCCCGGCUGGAGAGCUAUGAGCGUCUUAGCACUGACCUGCGCAACUUCACUCAAAGCCGCGAGAGAGCGUUGAGCCUGGGUGGCCAGCCAGACUGCAGCGUCAAGGACUACAAGCAAACCAUAGAGGAAGUGAAGUCGGAGCUGAACCAGGAAGAAGAUCAGCUGAAGUCCCUGUGUGAGCUUGGAACGAAUCUGAGCCAGUCUAGGGUUUUCACAAACACGCAGAGCCUCCUAGACACAGUCAAAGAGGUGUCUGAGGAGUUUGCCCGACUGCAGUCCAGUGUGAACGAGAGAUCCAAUGCUGUUCAGGGGUGUGGGGAGCAGCUGGCGCAGUUCCGCUCCCUCUCUGGCGCCCUCCUCAGGUGGCUGCAGGCAACACAGGAGCAGCUGCCAUCAGAGGAGGCCGGCCUCAGUACUGCGGCACUGCAGAGGAGGGUACAGCAGCUGCAGGAGCUGCUCAGUGACUGGCAGGCCCAGGGGGCUCGGGUCCAGGAGCUGAACCAAACUGGGUCAGAACUGGAAGCUCAGAUCAUCAGCAUCACCGCCCCUUACAGCAAGACCGGUGUUUCCCAGCUCAAUGGCGCUAGCAGCCCCAGCAGUAUCAAUGGCAUUCACACCUGCAAAGACCUGACGGAGAUCCAGGUGGCGCUGGCUGAUGUGAACGGCGGGUACGAGCGGUUGGGCGCGGAGCUGCGCGAGAGGCAGGGGCGCCAGGCCUCGUCCCUGGAGCUGCGCCAGCGCGCCAGGCGGGACGCCGAGGCGCUCACCCGCUGGCUGGGCGACCGCGAGCACACCCUGGCGCUCGGGCAGACCGCCUCCCCCUCCAAACCCGAAGCGGUGCGCGCCCAGGCUCAGCAAAACAAGGCCCUGCUGUCAGAGCUGGCAGAGCAUUCUGGGAAGGUGGAGGAACUGAAGAGCUCUCUACAGCAGCUAAUCGCAGAGAACCCAGACUCCCCUGAAACAGAGACGUGGAAAGAGCAGCUCAGAGACAUUGACUCAAGAUGGGAGAAAGCCAAUCAAAUGGCAGCUCAAAGACAGGCAGAAUUGGAGACUUGUGCUGACAGGCUGGGAAGUUUUGCAGCAGCAGCCAGUCAGCUGGGGCCCUGGCUUCGAGAGAAGGAGCUGAUGAUGAGUGUGCUUGGGCCCCUGAGCAUCGACCCCAACAUGCUGAACACCCAAAAACAGCAAGUACAGUUCAUGCUGCGCGAGUUUGAGACCAGGAGGCCUCAGUUUGAGCAGCUGACCCAGGCCGCAGAGGGCAUCCUCUCCCCCGGCGGGGAGGCGCAGGACCAGGAGGAGGUGCGGGCGGAGCUGGGGGCCGUCUCCGGGCAGUGGGGCGAGCUGACGCGGCGGCUGUCGCAGCGCUCGGAGCAGAUCGAGCGGGCGCAGGGGACGAGCGAGCGCUACCAGGCGCUGCUGCGGGAGCUGGCCCUCAGCGUGGGCGCGCUGGGCGAGCGGCUGGACGCGCAGGCCUCGCUCAGCGCCCAGCCCGAGGCCCUGCGGCGCCGCCUGCAGGAGACCGGCGAGAUCCGCGCCGAGCUGGAGCAGCGGCGCGGCGAGCUGGGCCGGGCCGAGCAGCUGUGCGGCGAGCUGAGCGCCAUCGUGGCCGAGCCCUACCUCAGAGACGAGCUGCGCAAGAGGCUGGAGGGCGUGAGCGCCCCCCUGAGGAGCCUGGAGGAGAGAGCAGAGGACAGCAUGUCCCAGCUGCAGGCUGCACUGUCCAGCACGCAGCAAUUCCAGCAGAUGUUUGAGGAGCUGCGGGGCUGGCUGGACGAGCAGGGCGGUCUGCAGCGGGCCGGGGGUGCGGGCGACGCCCUGCCCUGCGAGCCGGGGGCCCUGCGGACCCUGCUGGAGCGGCAGGAGGAGCUCCAGCGCGGGGCGGCCCAGCAGCGCGGCUCCUACGACCUGCUCCAGGCCGAGGGCGUGUCCCUGCUGGCCUCGCUGCCCGCCGGGGGCGAGGAGAGGGCCGCCCUGCAGUCGCGGCUCGCUGCGCUGCGCCAGGACUGGGAGGCGCUCAACCACAGCGCCGCCGAGCGCCACGGCCGCCUGCGGGAGGCGCUGUCGCGCGCCGAGCUGUACCAGCAGCACCGCGCCGAGCUGGCCCCCUGGGUGGAGGCCUGCGAGGGGCAGGAGGGCGAGGUCCAGCCCUCCCUGGAGCCCGCCGCCCUGGAGGAGGCCCUGCAGAAGACCCGGCAGCUGGGCCUGGACCUGGAGCGCCGCCGCCCCCUGGUGGAGGCCCUGAACGCGGCGGCCGACGCGCUGCUGGAGCAGUGCCGGGCGGGCGAGGAGGAGGUGCGGGACGAGAAGGCGGGGCUGAACCGGCGCGUGGACAGCCUGUCGGAGCGGCUGCAGGCGCGCGCCGCCCAGCUGGAGGAGCUGGCGGGGAGGCUGCGCGAGUUCCAGGAGGGCCGGCAGUCGGUGGAGCGGAGGCUGGAGUCGGCCCGCCACCAGAUCGAGGUGCAGGAGGCGCUGGGCCCGCAGGCCUGCAGCAACAAGAGCCUGGAGCGCCUGCGCGGCCAGCAGGAGGCGCUGCUCUCCCUGCAGCCGCAGGUGGCCUACCUGCGCGGCCUGGCCGGCGGACUGGUGCAGGACGCCCCGGGGGGCGCCGCGGGGGACCAGGGGGGCCAGCGACUGGAGCAGCAGGCCCGGGACAUGGAGAGAGAGUUUGGAGACGUCAGCGAGAAGAUCGAGCAGUGCUGCUCCUCCCUGGAGUCCCGCCUGCAGGGGGUGGGCGAGGUGCAGGCGCGGGUGCGCGACGUCUUCUCCCGCCUGGCGGACCUGGACGACGAGCUGGACGCGCUGAGCCCGGUGGGGCGGGACGCCGACUCGCUGGCCUCGCAGGCGGAGGCGGUGCGCGGCUUCCUGGGCCAGCUGGCGGCGCUGCGCGCGGAGCUGGAGGCCCACGGCGGCGACUGCACCGCCAUGCUGCGGCGCGAGGGCAGCUCCCCGGACCUGCUGGCCCUGCGGCGGGAGGCCGAGGCGCUGAGCCGGCAGGCCGGGAAGCUGGCCGAGAGGGGCCAGGCCCGCCUGGCGCAGAUCCAGGCCGCCGCCGAGCGCGUGCGCGAGUUCUACGCCCGCGUGGCCGAGCUGCAGGGGCUGCUGGGCCGGGCCGAGGACGGCCUCAACGCGCAGGGCGCCGUCGGCACCGAGGUGGAGGUCAUCAAGCAGCAGCUCCGGGAGUUCAAGGGUCUGGAGCGGGAGCAGGUGGACUGUAUACAGCCCAAGCUCCAGCAGGUUAAUGCUGUGGGUCAGGGUUUGAUACAGAGUGCAGCCAAACACACGGACACACAGGCACUUGAACAUGACCUGGAAACCACCAACCUGCGCUGGAACUCCCUCAACAAAAGGGUGGCAGAGCGCAUUGCACAGCUACAGGAAGCCCUAUUGCAUUGUGGGAAGUUCCAGGAUGCGCUGGAGCCCUUGUUGAGCUGGCUGAGUGACACAGAAGAGCUGAUAGCCAAUCAGAAGCCUCCGUCAGCUGAAUACAGAGUGGUCAAGGCUCAGAUACAGGAGCAAAAGUUGCUCCAGCGGCUGCUGGAUGACCGGCGCGGGACGGUGCAGAUGAUUCGGGGGGAGGGCGAGCGCAUCGCCACCGCCGCUGAGCCGCAGGACAGAGACAAGAUCCGCAGGCAGCUGGAGAGCCUGGGGGAGAGAUGGACUGAGCUGCUGGAUAAAGCCAGCGCAAGGCAGAGCCAGCUGGAGGAGCUGCAGGUCCUGGCUCUCCAGUUCCACGAGGCCGUGGAGCCUCUGGGGGAGUGGCUGAGCGCCACAGAGAGACGCCUCAGCUCUGCGGAGCCCAUGGGCACCCAGACCGCCAAGAUCACCCAGCAGAUCGCCCGCCACAAGGCCCUUCAAGAGGAGGUGUCCUCUCGGGGGGCGGAGGUGGAGCGCCUGGAGGCUCUAGGCCAGUCGCUGUCCCCGCUCAGUUGCGCGGCGGACCGCGAUUGGCUGGGGGAUCGCGUGGGGGCGGUUCGGGGCGGGCACUCGGAGCUGCGUGACUGGUGCGAGAGGCGGGCGGCCAUGCUGGAGCAGGCCCUGGCCAACGCCCAGCUGUUCGGGGAGGAAGAGGUGGAGGUCCUCAACUGGCUGGCAGAGGUGGCACAGAGACUGGCAGAGGUGUCAGUCCAGAGCUACCAGCCUGACCAGCUCACCCAGCAGCACAAACACACACUGUCGCUGAACGAGGAGAUUGUGAGCAGGAAGAAGACGGUGGACCAAGCCAUCAAGAACGGUCAAGCCCUGUUGAAACAGACAACAGGUGAGGAGGUGCUGCUGAUCCAGGAGAAGCUGGACGGGAUAAAGAGCCGUUACGCGGAGAUGACCGCUGGCAGCAGCAAGGCCCUGAGGACCCUGGAGCAGGCCCUGCAGCUCGCCACGCGAUUCGCCACUGCCCACGAAGACCUCAACCAAUGGCUGGACAGUGUGGAGGCGGAGCUUAACAAUGGAGAGCCUGACACCACGCCGGCCUAUCAGGACAGACAAAAGGAACUGAAGUGUGUGUCUGCGGAGAAGCGCCUGGUUCUGGACACGGUGAAUGAGGUGGGCAGUGCCCUGCUCGACCUGGUGCCCUGGCGUGCCCGCGAAGGCCUGGAUCGCCUUGUUGCUGAUGCCAACCAGCGCUACCGUCAGGCUGAUGAAACCAUCACUCAGCGUGUGCAGUUAGUGCAGGCUGCCAUCCAGAGGUCACAACAGUACGAGGAGGCGGUGGACGCGGAGCUGGCCUGGGUGGGGGAGACCGAGAGGAAGCUGGGCUCCCUGGGGCCCCUCAGCCUGGAGCCCGACGUGACCGUGGCUCAGCUGCAGGUGCAGAGGGCCUUCAACAUCGACAUCAUCCGCCACAAAGACACCGUCGACCAGCUGCUCAAAACCCGCGACGACAUCCUGGAGACCUGCAGCGACCAGCAGAGGGAAUCCCUGAAGGUGAAGACGGAUUCGCUGAGCGCCCGCUACGAGGCGGUCAGCCAGAGCCACUCGGAGCGCUUCUCGGCCCUGGAGCAGGCCCAGGUGCUGGUGGCGCGCUUCUGGGAGACGUACGAGGAGCUGGAGCCCUGGCUGGGCGAAACCGAGGCCCUGAUCACCCAGCUGCCCCCUCCCGCCAUCGACACGGAGGCCCUGAGGCAGCAGCAGGACCAGAUGAGGCUCCUGAGAGAGUCCAUCGCGGAGCACAAGCCCCACAUCGACAAGCUGGUGAAGAUCGGCCCCCAGAUGGCCGAGCUGAGCGCCCAGGAGGGGGCGACGGUGAGGCAGCGCUACAGCGAGGCCGAGAAGCGCUACCUGGCCAUCAAGGAGGACGUGAAAGGCCGUGCCUCCGCGCUGGACGAGGCCGUCUCGCAGUCCGCACAGUUCCAUGAUAAGAUGGACCCCCUGCUGGAGACCCUGGAGGGGGCGGUGCAGCGGCUGAGGCAGCCCCCCCCGGUGGCGGCAGAGGUGGAUAAGAUCCGGGAGCAGCUGGCCGAUCACCGCGCCACGGGCCUGGAGCUGGACAAACUGCUGCCCUCCUUCAGUGCCCUGUGCACCCGGGGCGAGGAGCUCAUCACCCGCGCCCCCCACGAUGACCCCGCCGCCCAGGCCGUGCGCUCCCGGCUGCUCCGGCUGCGCUCGCUGUGGGACGAGAUCCGCCAGCGCGCGGAGGAGCGCGAGGGCAAGCUGCAGGACGUCCUGGACCUGGCCGGAAAGUUCUGGGCCGACAUGGGGGCGCUUCUGAGCACGCUCCGCGACUCGCAGGACAUCGUGAAGGACCUGGAGGACCCGGGCGUCGACCCGUCACUCAUCAAGCAGCAGAUCGAGGCCGCUGAGGCCAUCAAGGCGGAGACGGACGGGCUGCGGGAGGAGCUGGAGUUCGUGCGCACGCUGGGCGCCGACCUCAUCUUCGCCUGCGGGGAGACGGAGAAGCCCGAGGUGAAGAAGACCAUCGACGAGAUGAAUGCCGCGUGGGAGGGCCUGAACCGCACCUGGAGGGAGCGCAUGGAGAGGCUGGACGAGGCCAUGACCGCCUCCGUGCAGUACCAGGAUGCCUUGCAGGGCAUGUUCGACUACCUGGACAAUGCCGUCAUAAAGCUGUGUGACAUGUCCACCGUGGGAACAGACCUCAGCACUGUCAAACAGCAGAUCGAGGAGCUGAAGCUAUUCAAGGUGGAGGUGUACCAGCAACAGAUCGACAUGGAAAAGCUCUGCCACCAGGGGGAGCUGCUGUUGAAGAAAGUGUCCGACCACACGGACCAAGACAUGAUCCAGGAGCCCCUCACCGAACUGAGACACCUGUGGGAUAACCUGGGAGAAAAGAUCACGCACAGACAGCACAAGCUGGAGGGUGCGCUCCUGGCCUUGGGUCAGUUCCAGCAUGCCCUGUCAGAGCUGCAGUCCUGGCUUAGCCACACCCACACCACCCUGGACACCCAGCGGCCAAUCAGCUCUGACCCCAAAGCCAUCGAGAUCGAGCUGGCAAAGCACCACGUGCUGAGGAAUGACGUGCUCUCCCACCGCUCCACGGUGGAGACGGUGAACGGCGCCGGCUCUGAGCUGCUGGAGUCCAGCCCCGGGGACGAGGCCAGCCACCUCCGAGUGCAGCUGGACGAGCUGAACCGCAGCUGGGAGAGCCUCCUGCUCAAGACCGAGGAGCGGCAGAAGCUGCUGGAGGCCGCACUGCAGCAGGCGGAGGGCUUCCACGGCGAGCUGGAGGAGUUUCUGCAGUGGCUGAGGCGCACCGAGAGCCAGCUGUCUGCAGCCAAGCCCACGGGCGGCCUGCCCGAGACAGCCAGAGAGCAGCUGCAGCAGCACACGGAGCUCCAGGCCCAGCUGGCCAAACGCACGGAGCAGUACCACCGCCUGCUGGACCAGGGCGAGACCAUGCUCCUGUCCCGCGGGGAGGAGGGCGGGCCCGGCGCCACCCAGACCCAGCAGAACCUGGCCCUGCUGCAGAACAAGUGGGCCAGCCUCAACACGAAGAUGGACGACAGGAGGGCUAAGUUGGAAGAGGCGGUUGCCCUGGCGACAGGGUUCCAGUCCUCUCUGCAGGACACCAUAAACUGGCUGACUCAGACAGAGCAGGCGCUCAACAUGGCCCAGCCCCCGAGCCUCAUCCUGGACACGGUCCUCUUCCAGAUCGACGAGCACAAGGUGUUUGUGAACGAGGUGAACACCCACAGGGAGCAGGUUCUGGCCCUGGAGAAGGCGGGCGCACAGCUCCGCUUCGCCAGCCUCAAGCAGGACGUGGUUCUGAUCAAGAACCUGCUGCUGAGCGUGCAGGCCCGCUGGGACAAGCUGGUGCAGAGGUCCCUGGACCGGGGCCGGCACCUGGACGAGGCCCGCAAGAGGGCCAAGCAGUUCCACGAGGCGUGGAGGAAACUGACAGACUGGCUGGAGGAGGCGGAGAGCCGGCUGGACUCGGAGCUGGAAAUCUCCAACGAGCCGGACAAAAUCAAAGUGCAGCUGGCCAAGCACAAGGAGUUCCAGAAAGCUCUGGGCUCAAAGCAGCCGGUGUACGACACCACGGUCCGAUCGGGACGAGCCAUGAGGGACAAGGCCACCCUCCCGGCCGACACCCAGAAACUGGACAAUUUGCUGGGGGAGGUCCGGGACAAGUGGGACACUGUGUGUGGGAAGAGUGUGGAGAGGCAGCACAAGCUGGAGGAGGCGCUCCUGUUCUCAGGGCAGUUUGCAGAGGCCCUGCAGGCCCUGGUGGACUGGCUGUACCGGGUCGAGCCCCAGCUGUGCGAGGACCAGCCUGUCCACGGAGACCUGGACCUCGUGUCAAACCUAAUGGACUCGCACAAGGCCUUCCAGAAGGAGCUGGGUAAGAGGACCGGCAGCGUGCAGGCCCUGAAGCGCUCCGCCAGGGACCUGAUGGAGACGGGCCGGGACGACACCGCCUGGGUGCGGGUGCAACUGCAGGAGCUCAGCAACCGCUGGGACACGGUCUGCGCCCUGUCCGUCACCAAGCAGACCCGCCUCCAGCAGGCUCUUAAGCAGGCGGAGGAGUUCCGCGCCGCCGUGCAGAUGCUGCUGGAGUGGCUGUCGGAGGCGGAGCAGACGCUGCGUUUCCGCGGCGUCCUGCCGGAGGAGGUGGAGACCCUGCAGGCCCUCCUCCACUCCCACCGGGAGUUCAUGCAGACGGUGGAGGAGAAGCGGGUGGACGUGAACAAGGCCGCCGGCCUCGGGGAGGCCAUCCUGGCGGUCUGCCACCCGGACUGCAUCACCACCAUCAAACACUGGAUCACCAUCAUCAGAGCGCGCUUCGAGGAGGUGCUCACGUGGGCUAAGCAGCACGAGCAGCGUCUGGAGACAGCCCUCGCAGAGUUACUGAACAACGCAGCCCUAUUGGAGGAGCUGUUGUCAUGGCUGCAGUGGGCGGAGACUACCCUAGUGCAGCGUGACACGGAGCCCCUCCCCCAGGACAUCCCUCAACUCAAAACGCUAAUCACAGAGCAUCAGGUGUUCAUGGAGGAGAUGACGCGGAAGCAGCCGGACGUGGACCGCGUGACCAAAACCUACAAGAGGAAACCAGCCGAACCCCCCAGCAGCCUGGCCGAGAGACGAGGACCACGUAAACAGCAGCAGCAGCAGCAGCAGGCGGCGAUGCAGGUUGCCGGGGGCAACCCUCGCCUCAACCAGCUGUGCUCCCGCUGGCAGCAAGUGUGGCUGCUUGCCCUCGACCGUCAGCGCAAGCUAAACGACGCCCUCGAUAGGCUGGAGGAGCUGAAAGAGUUUGCCAACUUUGACUUUGACGUUUGGCGGAAGAAGUACAUGCGCUGGAUGAACCACAAGAAGUCUCGCGUGAUGGACUUCUUCCGUCGCAUCGACAAGGACCAGGAUGGCAAGAUCACCCGGCAGGAGUUCAUCGAUGGCAUCUUAGCCUCCAAGUUCCCCACCAGCAAGCUGGAGAUGACCGCAGUUGCUGAUAUCUUUGACCGUGACUGUGACGGUUACAUCGAUUACUACGAGUUUGUGGCAGCGCUGCACCCCAAUAAGGACGCGUACCGCCCCACCACUGAUGCUGACAAGAUUGAGGAUGAGGUGACCAGGCAAGUGGCACAGUGUAAAUGUGCCAAGAGAUUCCAGGUGGAACAGAUCGGGGAGAACAAGUACAGGUUCUUCCUUGGGAACCAGUUUGGGGACUCCCAGCAGCUGCGUUUGGUGCGUAUCCUGCGCAGUACGGUCAUGGUCCGGGUUGGAGGAGGCUGGAUGGCUCUGGAUGAGUUCCUGGUGAAGAAUGACCCCUGCAGAGUGCAUCAUCCAGGAGUUAAAAUCCUUCGCUCCGAGUCCAGCAGCUCCAUAUCAUCUCGUAUAGCGCGCGGGCGCACGAACCUGGAGCUGCGGGAGAAGUUCAUCCUGCCGGAGGGGGCCUCCCAGGGCCUCGCGGCGUUCCGGUCGCGGGGCCGCCGCUCCAAGCCCUCGUCCCGCACGGCGUCGCCCACCCGCUCCUCGUCCUCGGCCUCGCACAGCGCGCCCAGCUGCGCCUCCCUGCCCUCCGCCCCGGCCACGCCCACGGCCUCCUCACGGUCCACCCACACUCAAUCUCGCGGCUAUGCUAAGCCCUGGCUGGCUCACAGUAAAACUCCAACUCCAACCAAGUGCCAGUCCUGCCCAGAGCACAGCCAGACCCCCGGGCCUGAGGGGGCUGCGAGCUCCAAGCUGAAGAGACCAACCUUCCACUCCAGCCGGGGCUCUCUGACCGGGGAGAACGGGGGCCAGGCCACGCCCAGCGGGGCCAAGCCCGGCCGCCCAGAAUCCUCAGCGAAACGCGCGCCGUCGUCGGCGAGCGGCCCGGCGAGUCGAGCGGGGAGCCGGGCGGGGAGCCGCGCGAGCAGCCGGCGGGGCAGCGACGCCUCGGACGCCUCGGAGCUCCUGGAGACGCGCUCGGCCUGCUCAGACACCUCGGACACGCCCCGCCGCCCCGGGGCCAAGCCCUCCAAGAUCCCCACCAUCUCCAAGAAGGCACCCAGCCCCAAAACGCCCACUGGCAAGAGAUAAGAGAAAAACAACCUCCUCGUCACCGGGGGGCGCCAGAGGGACACAGAUGUCACAGACUCACGGGGAUGGUGGUGGAGCAGGGGCUGGCAGGGUGCUCACUCUCACGCGCCCACGCUGGGCUGAACUGAUCAGAACGUUUCGGAAACCAAACCCCAGCUUGCCUGUCUUUGUCUUUCUUGCUUGGAUUGUUGUGGAAUGACAGACAGACGCUGCUGAAUCCAGACCUCUUCCACAGGAGUUAUCACUAACAAUAACUAUAAUGACGCUGCCUUAUUUGUGUUCUUUAUUUUAAUCCUUACGUUAGAAUUUGUUUGGUGUGGCAGUGGGGGAGGCACACACACACACACACACACACUUAUGCAGAGCCAUUUACACACACCCUGAGGAGCAGGAAUCAGUAGAACAGUUUCAGCCAAACUGUUGAUUCCUGUGACCGAACUGAAGCAGAGGCUCUGUGGCUGUGGGUGUGUGUGCAUGAGAGAUUCACCAACACCUCUCUGGAUGGAAAUAAACACACACACACACACACACACACACACACACGCACACAGCUUGUCAUGCUGUGAUCCAGCAGACAGUACCUCCUCCAGCCUCAGCGUUUGUGUGAUGUGGUGUGGUAACAGUGGAGGGGUGUUCCACUGAUUUAGGAGAACAUGAAGACACACACAAUACAGUUUCACAUAAUUCCUCCUGAAUUUUGGGGUGUGUGUGAGAGGGUGCCGCUUGUUUUCUUUGUAUCUUUUUAUUUUGAAUUUUUUGAGGAUGCGACGAACUCGAGAAAAUGACUGUGAGAGGAGGAAGUGAGGCAACGGCUGUUUUGAUUUGUCGCACCGUUCUCCUUCGGCAUCGCCACAGAGCAGCAGCAUCCGAGGGUCCCGCCCCGCCGCGACUCUGUGAGGUCCACACGCCCGUCUGAUGACAUCAUACUUCCGGGACUACCUUCGGUUGUCACCUGAUGAACUGCAAACACGUGGAAGUGAAGUGAAGUGAAUACCUCUGCUGAUGAAGUGAACCUUACUUCAGAUGAAGAGUCUGAAGAGUGUGCACCGACUGUCUAUAUGACUGUACUUCCACCAUACACACCCCCACUCCGCCCUCCCGCACCCCUGGGUCACACUGAUGGGUGGGACUUCUGGGUCAUGUCGUGUGUGUGUGUGUGUGUGUGUGUGUGUUUGUGUGUUUUAACUCCGUACAGUCAUAAUGUGUUACAGAAAUCAGAGGUCAUAUGAAUUGUUUCACAGUAUGCAAAAAAUGAAAAUUGUGAAUGUCCCUCACCUGGUUAAUUUAUAAUCCUUCUCAAUGUUUUUGUUCCUUUUUGGCUAGCUUAAGGAAAUUUGUAUUUAUUUUUCAGUUUCAGUAUCAUAUCACCUCCCGUGAAUUAUUAGUAUUAAUAUGAUAAUAAUCUUUUUGGUUUGUUUUCUUUCUUUUUUUUUUUUACCAAGAAAGUGUCUCUUCUCAAAUCUUUUCUUGUAAAUGAUAGUUUAUGAAAUUACUGACCAGGAAACAUGGAUUCCGACAGCGGCCUUUUUGCCCGGUGACUACAAUUAUAGGAUCAUGACAGAAUGGCACAGCACUCGUUGUGUAGAAAAUAAAAAUAAAACUGGGAAAAUGGAUGAUGGGGAAAAUCAUUGAAGGAGAGAGGUGAGGAAGAGCCUUCGCCCCCUCUCUACCCAUUUGUCCUACUUGUGCUCCCUCUUUCUCCCCGAUAGGAGCUUUGAAUUGUGACAUUAAUAGGAACAAGUGUGUUCCUUCAUUUCUCUCUGUGAGUUCUGAAGAAUAUGAAUAACUGAUGAAAAUCAACUGAAAUCUUAAGGUGAUUUUUUAAUUUAUUUAUUGUCUUUUGGGAGGAGAGGGGGUGUGACGGAUCCCCUUUUGAUGCUGUGUUCUCAGUGUGUUUAAGAGAAAAUGGAGGGGGUUAUAAGUGAAUUGUGUAAAAGAAAAAUAAGUUGACUAUAAAACCUUUUUUGCUCUCAUUUUGUAUUAAAAUAUUGCUUGCAGUAAAAAACA